AAAGUUGGCUGUUUGGAAGGCUAACUGUGAAAUGUGUUGUCGAAGGCUUUCAUGGCUCGGAUCACUGGGUUGCUGUGAGUUUUCCGGGCUCUGUGGCCAUGAUUUAGAAGCAUUUUUUCCUGACGUUUCUCCUGCAUCUAUGGCAGGCAUCCUCAGAGGGGACGCCCAGAUGUUUUGAUGUUUUUACCAUCCUUGUGGGAGGCUUCUCUCGUGUCCCCGCAUGGAGCUGGAGCUGAUAGAGGGAGCUCAUCCACACUCUCCCCAGGUGGGAUUCGAACCUGGCAGCUUUCAGUGCCUGGAUGUGGAAUACGUGAAUUCUGAAUAUGGAAAAAAUGGAGUGCGACUCCUGUAUAUUAGAAGAGAAGGCAAGAUGCAUUGCAUCAAAGAACUGGAAAUCUCUGUACAUAUAAAACUGGACACUAUGAAUGAAUACCUGCAUUCUGAUAACACCAAAGUUAUCCCCACUGACACCAUAAAGAAUUCAAUUGAAGCUCUAGCCAAAAUUCGUGGGAUCAACACGAUAGAACAGUUUGGCCUUGACAUCUGUGAUCACUUCCUCACCUCAUUUUGCCACGUUGUGUAUUGCAAUGCCUUCAUCCAAGAGGUGCCAUGGCAGCGCCUAGAAAAGGAUGGUACCCCACAUGUACAUGCUUUUCUGUAUAGCUCUGAAGGGGUUCGAUUUUGCGAAGUAGAACAGUCUGUGGAUGGUGCACCAAUUGUUUUCUCUGGCAUCAAAGAUCUGAAAAUUAUGAAAACAACCCAAUCUGGAUUUCAAAACUUCUACAAGGAUAAGUACACCACACUUCCAGAAAGAAGAGAUAGAAUUCUCUCAGUGGAAAUGUUGAUAAAGUGGUGCUAUGGUGUAUGCCCAGAAGGCCUUGACUAUGACUGUAUAUGGAGAACUGCACAUGAAAGUGCCCUUGAUGCCUUUGCUGGACCACCUGAAACAGGUCAUUACUCACCUUCUUACCAGAAGACUGUCAACUGUGUUCAGGAAUACAUCCUGGAAAAAAUCCCACAGGUGGAAGAAGUGGAAGUGAUCUGUUCCAACAUCCAUUAUUCACUGACACCUCUAGAAAAACUGGGGUUGUGCAAUGACAAGGAGAUCUUUACACCUCAGGAUACACCCUUUGGGGCUUGUGCAUCAACGCUGCGUAGGAAGAAGGGCCCAGAAGAAGAGUGUGACACUGUCGUAGAGAGCAAAACCCACUGCUCUGCUGGAUGGAAGCCUGCCCUGAAGUCAAAUUAAGCAGUCAACGACAUUAUUACAAUUAUCUCAUAUCAGCAUGUAUUAUUUACUCCACGCUUUGUCCCCAUAAUGCUCAACGUGUGGAUAUGAGUGAUGUUUUCAAAAGUAGCCUAAAAGAAACCCUAUGCUAACAUCAUAGUUCAUUUUCUUUUGUUUCUUUUCAAAAUACAAGUAAGAACUGUUCAACGCAGCUCACUAGUACACAUUUGAAGCUGGAUAUAUGUAGAAUCAAAUCAUUGAAAGUAGUGGGAUUUAAGUUGGUUAAAUGUGACUUCUUUCAGUUCUAUUGAUUCCAGUGAUCUUUUUACAUCAAGGCUAUAUCUGGAUCCACCUAAAUAGUUUAGCAGGCUUCAAAUAUGAAUAUGUUGCUACAUGGGGGGUUUUCACAUCUGAAGCCUUCUGGGUUUUUUCCCCCUUGUAAGUGAAUCCUACUAAAAUAUUAAGAAGUUCUAUGAAAACUUUCAAGCCUGAUUUAUUUCUGGUUUUCCAAUAAAGAGUGCAUCCAGACAGAAUGAAAAGUUCCAGAUUUUGUUCCUGUUCUUUCCAAUUUUAGUGACUCUUUCUGACCAAAUUACCAAGAAAAAUCCACAACAGAGUUGCCAUAAGUCAGAAAUGACUUGAAGACACAAAACAACAACAAAAUAAACUGAGCUGGGGAGCUGGAAUAAAAAAAAUCUGAUUUUAUCAUGAGUUGGCAAAAAAUAUUCUGGGAUAAACAAAAUUUGUAUGGUUCUCAAAAUAAAAUUGGAAGAAUGGGAAUAAAAUGUGGGAUUUUCUGCUCAUUCUAAUCAAACUGGAUGCGCCCAAAAUACAUUACAGUGAGCUCCAUUAGCUGAAUUCCCCCCACUACCUUUCUAUUCUGCCUAUAUAUUCAAUCACCCUACAACUGUCAAGUGAGACAAAGGAAGCAAUUCUGUAAAUAUGGCGAAAAUGGGUUGUAACAACAACAACCAUGUCCGUGUUGACUAAUAGACAUUUAUGUAAUGUGAUUACGCUACUCCUGAAUUUUGCACCUCUGAUAUACCGAUCCCUAGGGCAUGUGUGGGUAGACAAACAACUUUAUCUGCUUAUAUAAUCAUCAUGCUGUAGUUACCUUCAUAGAUUUAAGUAGAUUGUCUUUAAUAAGCCUCAGACUUUAAAAAGUGUUCCUUUACUUUAAAAUGUCUGAUGCUGAGCAAGUAGACUAAAAAAGGAGUGUGUAUCAGCAUGGGCAAUGUCAAACAUUUAAAACAGAGAUAAUAACUAAAAAUUGCCUUUAUGGUACAAAGUAAAAAUAUACCUCAGUCACAAAAGUUAAUUUUUGGGGAUCAUAACUUCCACCAUCUUAGCUGGGUGUUACUUUCCAAUAAUAACCUUUUAAGCUCUGGUUUCAGUUUGGAUGGGCAUAAUCCAAUGUACGUUUGUCCUUAUCAUUUACUAAUAUAACGUUUCAAAGGGUAACCUCCAAAGGCAAUCAUUUCCGGUUGUGGGAUCUUAAAUCAUUUGCCAAACAAAUGCAAUUAUAGGAUUCAAUAAUAACCUAGUUUUCAAUCCCAAUUCCUGAUCAAGUUUCAGUGGUUUAUCCAUAAACAGAAAAUCUGUUGAUACCACUUUGAUUAUGUGUGUGUGAAUGAAUAAGUACGUAUGUAUAUAUGUAUGCAUGUACACACUCACACAUAUGGCAACUAACCUCUAGUCUGAGGAUGCUAAGAGAGAUUUGCUAUGUGGCUGCUAGAUAGUGUACUAUUUUACCCAUCUUUGAGUGUCCCUGUCUUGGCCUUGUUCUUUCCAAGGACUGUUUAUAUGACUAAUCCAGCUUGUUCAAUCUGCUUGCCAAAAGAAUUUCUAGUAGCUUCUCAAUACACAUUUUAAUCUCAGUAACAUAACUGGUUGGGAAAAGGAUUCAGUUUCCUCCAGACAGCAAUAAUUCCAUUUAAGCUUUUUAUUUCAAGUAAGCUAUUGUUUGGGGUCCAGUUCACUGAACCACAUACACAAGCACAAAAUAAAUCAUACCAUCCUCUCCAACAAUUUACUUUUCGUUCUUGUGAUUUAUACCAUCAAAAGCUAGACCAAGUGGUAUUGAUUUUGGAGGUACUAUCAGAAGUUGAGCAAGAGCUACACACUUACAAUUAAAGUGCUAUGAUUCCAUUUCAACUAACCUGGCAACAUCCUACAGAAUCCUGAGAUUUGCAAUUUUAGGAGGGAUGUUUAGCAUUCUCAGUCAGAGAGCUCUAUGUCUUGCCAAAUUGCAAAUCCUAAGGAUACUACAGUAAGCAACCAUGGCAUUUGCAGUGAAAUCAUAGUGCCAUAAUUAUGCAAUGUGAAAGGACCCAAAUAAUCUCACCUGUUUAUUUCAUCCUGUAUUCCAACCAGAAAGGUACUUGUUACAUUAGAAGGAUUGUAGAUUUCCUGUUUCUUUAGUAUGACUUGUGUGGUGAGGUUUCUAUGUAUCUUUUGGGGUGAAUAAAGAGCAAAGACAAAACAA